GUGCCGUUUCGAACGCGUGAGUCAGUGAACACGUUGUGAUUUGCACACGCCCGCAGCACUGAUGCACCGCGUUCAGGUGCACGCUCUCUCAAGCUCGCCGGUCGUCAAGCCGACAACGCGAGCAGCAUCGUGUCGCAUAGUCUUUUAUCAAGAAAAGGAUCAGCGGAAACGGCAACAUCGUCGCAGUGCUACGGUACGCAGCGGGCAAGCACAACCGCUGCCCGGCACGCUUUGCAGACGCCGCUAAAAAACAUCCCAUUGUAUCUGUCUCCGAGCUGCCGUGCGGUCGGCGUCUACCAUGUUCGCAAUGGGAGUCGGAAACCUUCACGCACAAUGGAUGCUGGCGGUGUUGCUGUUCGCCGCCUCAACCGACGCGUCGGAUUCCCCCCGACUAUGCAACGUGACGCAAGUCCAGGAGUGCUACAAUGGCAUCCUCGCAAGGUUUCUCAACGACUUCACACGUGGACCACUCAACGCGAGCAAACUGGAGACCCUGUGCAAGGAACAUGACGUUGAGUCGUUGUGCAACAACGACCUACAGCCUUGUUCCGACACUCACCCUGCGCUGGCAGACAUGGAGAAACUGUACAAUGCAAUAUACGAAGACGCCUGCAACGACACGAACUUCAAACUGCUCAAAUCAUUUGUGCCAAUGCGCGGCUGCGCCCCACUGCCACUGAUCGAGACUUGUCUGCAAGAGAAGAUGAAGGAGUUUCAGAUGUCCAUAGAUGACGCCAAGAGCAGUUGCAAUGGUCUUGGAGCCGCGCUCACCAGCUGUCUCAUUGCGCCAGGAUUGUCGUGCUUGAAGAAUCGAAAACGUCCUACGUACGCUAAGAAAACAAUGAAGGCCCUGGUGGAGAGCACGGGCUGCAACCCCAACGACGGGAACCCGUUUGUGCAAGGCGACCAGCAACCCCCGACAAGACCCAAUGGCGAUGGAAACACGUGCUCGUACAAGCAACUCAAGCGAUGCCAUGAAAAGCAGAUCAACGACAUCCGGACGACAAUGUCGAAAAUCCUCGCCAAAGGACUGCUACCCGACGACGACUUCAGCGGGGCGAUAUGCAGAAAGAAACGAGAGACCUGCUACCAGCACAACAAAAUAGAACCCUGCCCCGAGCAUGAGAGAGACGCCAUUCGGAGGCUGGAGGAGUCCAUGAACGAGGCGCAGCAGCUGCUCUGCCAAGGCGACAGGGCUCUCUUAAAGAACCUUCUGCUCACCUACAAAUGGUGGAAAGUUGGCGACUUCAUAAAGUGCUCAACUAACGUGCAAGUAAACUACAUCACGGAUUACCUGUAUGCAACAGCAAGGCUCCACAAUGACUGCAGUAUGCUGAGGACACGGCUGACCCGCUGCUUGAACGAAAGCUACAGUUCUGCCGAGCAGGCCGACCCCAAGCCCGACGUUGACGGCGCCAGAAAGGUUCUGGCGACCUUCUUGGACAGAAUGUGGUGUGUAGACCAGCAGGACCUGCCGCAGGGCCCCGGCGGUGACGAAGUGAGUGGCUCAAUGGGCAAUGGCGGCGAUGACGACGACGAUCCGACAGACGAGCCUGCGAUCACAGGAACUCAAACAACAACAAUCGAAACCGCCGGCUCUGCAAUCCCCGUAGUGUCCGGAGACCCGGACAAUGGCGUCGCCUCGCAGACACUUAUUAUGCCUGUUCUCGCCGGUUUGGUCUCAGCCGUGCUGCUGCUUCCAGUGUUCUCCUUGUAGAUGGAGCCGCGUCGUAAAUGCACGGAGUACAGUGCUGAUGUCGGACAAACCUCUCACUCCAAAAAGCGAAGCGGACGCAGCUGUAAAAUUUGCUCAGCUUCCUGUAAAACAACAUGAAUAGCGACUUCGAAAGGGGAAAAUGACGAUAGAGUCAGUGCUGGGAGCAAAAGGUCCGCGAGUUGUAUUUCAUUUUAGGGAAGAACACUAUCACACAUACCAAGGCAGUGACAACCUAUAAAUCCGUCUGUUUGGUAAAUUCGCCUCCAGUGGCGGGAACAUGCGUCCUAAACCAUUUUCUCAUUCAUUUCAUUGUGAUCAUUUUUUCUGAUAUUUUAUAUCACGGAACAGUGACCAAUUGCUAUUGGCCUCGUGUACGACCGAUGGUGGCGCGGCGAGCGGGGAUCCGGUGACGUCAGCAAAGGCAUCCGCUUCUAUAUAUAUAGGCUAUUUCACAUGGCGUGAUUGGGGCGAAAGAAAUCGUUCUGCCGCGCACAUCGCUGAUCGAUUUUCGCUGACAGCUUUCACAUGCGUUUGCGGCAGCGCGAUUUUCCUCGCAGCGAUGCGCAAGGUUGACUCCUGCUCACGAAGUAUUCAUGUCUGCAUCGUUAAAUAAAAACAACAUGAAAACUAGUCAAAUAUUCGAAUUUUCUAUUUUUAUUCGAAAAUAGAAUAGGUACACCAUUUUUAACGUUUAAAGGGUUGAGACAUUACGACAAUUUGCAGAUACGGUGAGUGAGGCGCUGCACAACACCACAAGUAUGAGCGUGCGGCUUGUGCGGCGGUUCCGUUUAGUGCACUCUGGUUUCAUCGUUACUAUGGAAGCCACAACAUUUUUUCCUGGAUGAGUAUUUGCUUUCGCAGAAGAACAAGCUACUAUUGAAUGUGCACGUAUAAGCAGCUGACGCCAUUUGUAGCGAUGAAGAGGUUGACGACGGUGGCGAUCAAGUGGGUACGUGCCUUAUGUUGAAGCGGCGUCCUUCUCCCGACCUGGAUAGCAUGUAGCUUCUCCUGUCAAACGAAUUGUGUAAGCGGAAGUAAAAUGUUUAUGAAGCUCCUAAUCCGCAACCGCUGGUGGGUACGCCCUAAACAUAGCUAAAACUGGCGCGCGACAUUGCUCCACAGAGCUACCAACACGCGCUAAAACAGGAAAGCGCCUAUUUCAACGGCGCUUUGUUUCGUCACGCACAUUGCCCCUCCCACAUCGCGCCGAUCGCUGCGACUGAGCGAUGGCGCGACCCACUUUCUGGAAUACAUUCGCGGAGAGCCCACGAUGUCGCCGCGGUCGCUGAGCGACAGAAUUCGCUGCGUCGCUGACUGAAUGUCACGCCGUGUGAAACAGCCUUUUAUCGUCUGCGACACAGUCGGUGGAAUCACAGUCGGUGGAAUCAUUUUCGAUUGCUCGCUCCAGCUUUGAACGCUGGCACAUGAGGUCUGCUGCCCUCAUACAAUCGUCCACAAUCUUUUCGUACAUGAUUUCAUAAACUACUGCUAUUAAAGGCCAACCACCAUUGUCGUUUCUUAUCCGUCAUCCAUAAAGCCACAACCAUUGCAGCCCAGGAAGCCAACCAUCGAUUUCGUGACAGAGAUGCAAGACAUCACGCCUCUUCACCUAAAGUCUACGCAGCUUUGUAACCGGACCACAACGUAAUAAAGACGAGCGAGACGCACUUUACCAAAAUGCAA